CCCAGGCUAGCAUCCCCCCCUAUCUCCCACUAUCACGAGACCGUUGCCGGCUGGUCGAUUAUCCGCCCUAGAAGAUCCCAAUCCCUAAAAGCACUCGCUUUCUGAAUCGCUGUGAGAUGAUAGUUAGGAAGAUGAGUUGAGUUGCCAUCCAUUUGGGUUCUUUUUGAGCAAUGAGUUGUGGGAGGAAUUUUAAUGGAUAUAAGGAAAGCAAGUGAUGAAUUUGAGCCAGAUCCAAAUGCUCCACCCCCACCUAGAUUGGUAGACAGAUUUGGCUUUGUGAAGCAAGAUCAGACUAAUUCUCCUGAAGGCUUUAAGAGCAGGCCUGCAAAUGAACAUGAGAGGGAGGAAAGGAGGGUAAAAAAAUGGAGGAAAAUGAUUGGUGUUGGUGGGAGCGAUUGGAAGCAUUACGUUAGAAGGAAGCCUCAUGUUGUCAAGAGGCGUAUACGGAAAGGAAUUCCUGAUUGCUUGAGAGGCCUUGUGUGGCAGCUGAUUUCUGGAAGUCGAGAUCUGUUGCUAAUGAAUCCUGAGGUUUAUGAGCAACUUGUGUUAUAUGAGACAUCUGCAUCAGAAUUGGACAUAAUUCGAGACAUAUCCCGAACAUUCCCUUCACAUGUUUUCUUUCAGCAGAGACAUGGACCAGGUCAAAGGUCACUUUAUAAUGUUCUGAAGGCAUACUCUGUAUAUGACAGGGAUGUUGGUUAUGUUCAGGGCAUGGGCUUUAUUGCUGGCCUCUUGCUUCUUUAUAUGAGUGAAGAAGAUGCAUUCUGGUUAUUGGUUGCUUUACUGAAGGGUGCUGUUCAUGCACCAAUGGAAGGGUUAUACCAGGCAGGUCUUCCACUUGUACAGCAAUACCUGUUUCAAUUUGAACAAUUGGUGAAAGAAUAUAUGCCCAAGUUAGGGGAGCAUUUUUCUCAAGAGAUGAUCAACCCAAGCAUGUAUGCAAGCCAAUGGUUUAUAACUGUUUUCUCUUACUCAUUUCCUUUCCCUUUGGCUCUUCGAAUAUGGGAUGUUUUUCUCUACGAGGGUGUUAAGAUUGUCUUCCAAAUUGGGCUUGCGUUAAUCAGGUUCUGCCAUGAUGACUUGAUAAAAUUGCCUUUUGAGAAACUUAUACAUGCUCUGAAGAAUUUUCCUGAAGAGGCAAUGAAUCCAGAUACUUUAUUACCUCUGGCUUUCUCAAUCAAGGUAUCGAAGCGCUUGGAUGAGCUCGAAGAAGAAUAUCAGAAAAAAAAUGAAGGUCCUUUGCAGAAAUCGGGGCCUUCACAUAAGCGGAUGAUGUCUUUGAGGCUUAAACAAUUUAGUAGCAAGUCUUGAAUGUGAGAACUCUAGGCUUAAUCUGUCAAUAGCCAGGAAUCCAAUCUUUUACAUUGUUUAUUCAUUGGUGAAGUAGUUUUCCCCUUCUUGGUUUAUUCUUUUAUAUGUGUCAAUUGUUAAAUCAGACCUGUUAGGUUGAGUUUGGAGAUAAGAUUUAAUUCAAGAAGAGGUUUGCAGUACUUAACCACAUUUUACAAGUGCUUUGCCUUUGAGGUUUGUGUAAUUAUUGUUUUUUAUUCUGUUUUCCUUUGCC